AAUAAUUUCAGGCACAAUUUCAUUGAAUUUCAAGGCUUUCAUGUCCAUAUUUAACACCUUCCCUCAUUUAUACCACUUAUGCCACCUUGAUUUUCUCUCCCAUGUCCCUCUUCUCCAUGUUCUUCCAUCUGUCCUGAGACCACACGUACUGAUGUCCCUUUUCAAAUCUUCGUUUAUCACCUCGAAUUUCUUUGGGUUUCAAGUUCAUAAAUUAAGUCUGGUUCGACCUUGUUCAUUACGAUAACUAAUUUGAAUGUUGUUGUGUAUCAUAUUCAAGAUCUAAACGAGCCAGUUGGUUUGCCAUCUCUGCUUAGCGCACCCAUUUCAUGGAUCUUGUAAGCAAAAGCUAUGGCUCUCAAUCUCUUCCACCAAUGACAAAUCCUGGUGGCUCAUCACUUUUUGGACCUCGUACUCAUUCUUCAGAAACAAGCUUCCCUAUUAUAGCCAUUGCCAUAAUAGGAAUUCUGGCCACGGCUUUCUUGCUAGUAAGCUAUUACAUCUUUGUCAUCAAAUGCUGUCUGAAUUGGCACCGUAUCGAUCUUCUAAGGCGAUUCUCCCUAUCAAGAAAUGGAAAUCACGAAGACCCUUUGAUGGCCUACUCUCCUGCUGCAAUAGUGUCGCGUGGACUUGACGAGUCAGUGAUAAGGUCAAUCCCAGUAUUUAAGUUCAAGAAAGAAGGGAACAGUUUUAGUAACCUUGGCGAAAGAAACUUCUGCGAGUGUGCAGUUUGCUUGAACGAGUUUCAAGAAGCCGAGAAUCUAAGAAAUUUACCGAAUUGUAACCAUGUUUUUCAUAUUGAUUGCAUUGAUGUUUGGCUUCAAAGCAAUGCUAAUUGCCCACUCUGUAGAACAAGCAUUUCGAGCACCACAAGAUUCCCAAUUGAUAAUGUUAUUGCUCCAAGCUCUUCACCCCAAGAUCCAAAUCCUUAUAGUGGAAGUCUCAUGAGCGGAGAUGAAGAUUACGUUGUCAUUGAGUUAAGUAAUCACAGCCCUACAGAUCAAACAUUGCUUGCAGCACAUGAAAGGUUGAAUUCAGGAGAGUUAUCAGCACGUUCAGUUAGUCCUUCGCCGAAGACGAUACAGCAGAGAGUUGGUCACAAGAAAUCAAGGAAGUUUAAUAAGGUUACCAGCAUGGGAGAUGAAUGCAUUGAUACUAGAGGCAAAGAUGAUCAAUUCGGAUUGAUUCAACCCAUCAGAAGGUCUUUUUCAAUGGACGCGUCAGCAGAUUGGCAGCUUUAUUUAUCUAUUCAAGAGAUAGUGCAGCAGAGCAGGCAAGUAACCGAGGUCAGUCCGGUUGAAGGUUGUAGUGGUAGAGCCAGAAGAACUUUCUUUUCUUUUGGUCAUGGUAGAGGAUCCAGAAGCAAUACAUCCUUACCUGUUUAUUUGGAGUCGUAAAGUCAAAGUAUUUUUGAUUGAUUAUUUUCCUUGUAGUUUUUGGUUUUCCAUUUUAAAGAUAUAGGGAUUUUAAUUACAU